AUUCCGCCGAUGGGAAACAGGUUAAUGUUGUAGUUUAGCUCUCCUGUAUCAUCUUCAGUUUAGCUCUUCUGUCUGUUUCUUCCUCAGUUUAGCUCCUCUGUAUUAGUGAACAUGUCGGAGGCCUUGCUGCAGUGGUGUGUGGAGCAGCUACGCCAUCAGUUCGGACUGGAGGCGAGCGAAGACAUCGUCCGGUACAUUCUGUCUAUCGAAAAAGCCGAAGAGAUCGAGGAGUAUGUGGGCGACCUCCUGCAGGGCACAGACGGCAGGAAAGGGAUGUUUAUAGAUGAGCUCCUCGGCAGAUGGAAGAAGACUCAGAGACAGGCUGCAGAUAAUGGAAGUCUCUUCCUUCUGAAGGAAUCUGUUUCUUCAGCAGAUGCACAAGACUCGACCAAAGAUACUCAGAAGAAGUCUAAACGUAAGGGGCGUAACAAGCAGGAGGUGAUGACUGUGAGCCAAACAGAACCUGAACCAGAGGCAGUUAAAACCCCCAUCGAUCUGAUGAGGGCUCAGGAGAACAGCAGCACUUCUUCAACAAAGAAGAAGACUAAGUUUGUGAACCUCUAUGCUAAAGAGGGGCAGGACAAGCUGACUGUCUUACUCCCGGGUCGGAAUGCGUGCGACUGCCUCGCACAAAAGCACAAACUGAUCAACAACUGCAUCAGCUGUGGCCGGAUUGUGUGUGAGCAGGAGGGCUCUGGACCCUGCCUCUUCUGUGGAAACCUGGUCUGCACUAAAGAGGAGCAGGAGAUCCUCUUACGAGACUCCAACAAAAGCCAGAAACUGAGAAAGAAACUCAUGGGAGAUGGAGAACGAGAGUUUCUCCCUCGCCAAGAGGCCAAGAUGAAGGCUGGCUUGGAGAAGGCUCUUCAGCACAAAGACAAGCUGCUGGAGUUUGACAGGAACAGUGUCAGGAGGACGCAGGUUCUGGAUGACGAAUCCGACUACUUUGCCACCGACUCCAAUCAGUGGUUGUCACCCGGCGAGAGAGAAAAGCUGAGGAAGAAGGAAGAGGAGCUGCGAGAACUCCGUCACGCCUCCCGCAAGGAUAGGAAGAUCACACUGGACUUUGCCGGUAGACAAGUGAUCGAUGAGGGAAGCAACAUGAGCAAAUACUACAACAAGUUGGAUGAGACCCUCAAGGCUAUGAACAAUGACUCGGUGUCAAAAUCACUGAUGUAUUCAGACAGAAAAGGUGGGAAGCAGAGCCUGAGACAGCUGGUGAACCCCAACAUAAGGCAUUCAGCUCCAGAGUGGGUCGAUGUUGGAGGCAAUGAAAGCCACAGGAGGCCAACAGAGCAGGAAAAGAGGCCAAAAGAGGACAAGGGAGGUGAAGAACGUUCCAGGUUGCGACUCCAAGACAAAGAGCUGCAGGAGAUGUCUGAUGGGGGUUGGUGUCUCAGCAUGCACCAACCGUGGGCCUCCCUGUUGGUCAAAGGCAUCAAGAGGGUGGAAGGACGGACCUGGUACACGUCACACCGAGGUCGUCUUUGGAUCGCAGCCGCAGCCAAGAAGCCCACGGAUCAGGAGGUCGCUGAGGUGGAAGCCAUGUACCGCCAUGUCUACAGGAAAGAACCCAGGUUUCCUAAAGAUUAUCCCACCGGCUGCUUGCUGGGCUGCGUCAACGUGACCGACUGUCUGCCUCAGGAGCAGUUCAGACAACAGUGCGUUCCUGUUUGCAGUCCGUUUCUGUUGUGAAGUGGGUUUCAUUUUGGGCGUUCCGUUUUUGUGCUGCGUUUGCACCCCUCGGCCACUGGAAACCACCUUCUAAUGAGCUAAACAAUAAUAGAAUGAGCUGAUUCAGAAAUAGUUUGGAUUGUGUUCUUUUAUUAAGUUGAGAUAAUCAUGACAGAUAUUUAUGUUUUGGCAAUAUAUCAAAUUUUGUAUGGAAAAUAACAAAUUAAAUCCCUUUCCACUAAGUUCCCCGUUACAAAAACACCUCUCCAGGAAGUGUGUUAAUUCCAGAUCACAUGACCUGCUCAUUUGGUUUCUUUAUUGGUCAUUUUAGGUCGUUUUGUGGUCAUUUUGUGCAUGUUUGUGGCCGUUUUCAGUAUGUUUGUGAUAAUUUUAGGUGUUUUUGUGGUCAUUUUGCAAUUUUUUUGUGGUCAUUUUGUGUGUCUCCCGUCAUUUUGUGUCUUUAUGUGGUAAUUAUUUGUCUCACUGAGUCAUUUUGUGUUUUUCUGUGGUCAUUUUUAGUCAUUUUGUGCAUUUUUGUGUUCAUGUUGUGUCUUUUUGUGAUUGUUUUGUGUGUCUUUGUGCUCAUUUUGUUUGUUUUUGGGUCAUUUUCAGACUGUUUUGUGCUCAUUUUGUGCCCAUUUGUGGCCGUUUUCAGCCUGUUUAUGGUAAUUUUAGGUGUUUUGUGGUUAUUGUGUGUCUCCGUGGUCAUUUUGAAACUUUUUGUAGUUAUUUCAUGCGUCUCUCGUCAUUUUGUCUCUUUUUAUAAUUUUGUGUCUCAUUGAGUCAUUUUGUGUUUUUCUGUGGUCAUGUUGUUUUUUUUUUUUUUUUUUAGCCUUUUUUGGUCAUUUUGUUUUUUGUUGUCAGUUUGUGUCUCUUUGUGGUCAUUUUUGGUCAUUGUCAGUCUGUUACUUUCUCUAAAAUGUCAUGUGGUGUUUGGUUAUAGAAGGUCAUGUUGAUUUUAGGCCUGAAAACAGCUAAAAUGUCGACUAUGAUACUAAAAGUCCCGCUAUUAUAUAUUGACCUGUACACUCUGCAGCCCCCUUACUUUUAUAAAAUUCCAGACAGAGUUUUAUUACUUUUUAUUAUGUAUUUGAAUUGCAAUGCUGGAGGCUGUAAAGUCAUGGAAAUCUAAACCACAUGCUUCUACUUGGAGAGGGUUGAAAUCUGCAGCGGGUUAUUUUGAGUUCUGAGAAUGACCUUUUGAUCCGUUCUAAUCAGCGGGACUGUAUUUAACUGGAUUGACCGUGCUCUGUGUGUGUGUGGGUGUGGGUGUGUGAGCAGGUCGGAUUAGUGCAGUACCACCUCCGACCAGCAGAGGUCAGACUGCACCUUGUCUCCAGGAUCUCCCGCUGCCAUCUUGCGUUAUGUCCCACUAGAGGCGGUGUGCGCCACAGGAAUAACCACAGAAACACAAGCUCUCAUUAUCCCAGUUGCCUCCCACCAAAGUGGUGGUAUGUGCACUUUUCCAGCGGCUCCAGUCUAUUGUGUUUAUUCAGAAUAUGUUCUUAGGAAAAAGAGCUUACACUUAAAGGGAAAUCCGCCCUUAACCAGAGUUUCUGGUUCCACUGCGAACAUGUGAUGUGGCAAAGCGUGGCACAGCUCCACCAACAUUAUGGUCACUGCUGCCUUCCACUCGGACCCAUAAACUGUUUACUCGAGCUUUUACACCCACAUUAGUUUAAUUAAUUGCAAUUUUACCAAGUAUAUACAGGAAAAUACACCCCACUCCCCAUUAAAUGGUCAUAUGGAUACAGUGUCGUUCCCAUUCGCUGUCAGUGGAAGACGUUUAAACUUAAUUACAUUGCCAUCCUCGUCUUGGCUGUUUUGCUUCUGGCUCUGGGAGAGACUGCUAGUCUGAAGACUACGUCAUUCCUUUACAGUCUGCUCUGUGCUAUUAUUAGAUCUGAAACAAUUAGCAGAUUAAUUGAUUGCCAGAAAAUUAAUCCCUAACGAUGAUGGAAAUGUUAGAUGGAAAACUGCAUUUUGGAUUGAAACAGGAGUUUUGAAGGUGUCAUUGUUUCCACAAAAGAAGAAAAAUCAGUUCUAAGUAGUGUCAGACUGUGAUUGUUUUUUUUGUUAGCAUUUGCGAUUUUAAAUGGGUUUAGAUGACAUAUAAAUGCCUUUUUGGUUAUUAAGAGUAAUAAUUAGAAACAAAUAUGCCCUCAUCUUACUAGUCGCUCUUCUUAUGUUGUGUAAAUGCUCUGAAAUGCACACAAAUAUUGGACAGUCUGCAGUGAAGCUGUGAAAUGCGUAAAAUUCGACACGUUGCACAAACAUGCCCGAGCCGUGCAAAGCUACCAGCCCUCAUGCACAUGUACACACAUGCUUGUUGUCGUUGGUGCUGGGAUACUGAAACAGAUCACGUGGAAAUUACGCAUUCCUUUGUUAAAAUUUAGAAAACUGAUCCGUGGAAGAAGCAGCGAUCCCCUUUUGGGAUGUUGUGCUCAUGUUUCCGUGCAUCUCUAAACACACAUAUAUUUAGCUUUCUGCAUAAAGACAGUCAUUUCUUAGAAGUUCGAGUUAAAAAAAACCCAAAAACAUUCACCUUUCAGAAAUGUGUGCUGCUACAUGGCUGCAUUGUGACUGCUGGGACCUGUAAAUCUAAGGGCUUUCCCCUUUUGUACUCUGUCCUCAUUCUCUCCUCCACCACUCAUUCCACCCAGGGCUGUAAAAUCAUGUUUGCAGGCAGUGUGACUGCCCUUUCAUCCUGUGAAAGGGUGUGUGUGUCUGUGUGUGUGUCCACUUGCACAGAGCAGCCAUAAAUAACACCCCCACUCCACACAAGGCCCCUCACAAAAAAAAAGCAAGGCAGAUGUAGAAAAUAGCAGAGCAACCAGAGAAGAAUAACAGCACCAAACGACGAGCAGUUGGUUAGCCCCUCCAACAGCAGAGACUAUCAGCCCGUUCAACGUUUUAAUCUUGCCUUAUUCGUGUCGGUAGAAGAGGGUCAUGUUGUGCUAGCACAUAGUAGCACAUAGCUGCCUGCCGGGCUGGGCGAGUGAGUGAGGUGUAGGAUUUACUGUCCUGUGCUGCAACUGUGGGUGGUUGGAAGGGGGGUGGUGAAGGACAGGCAGCCAUUUUUCUUCAGGCUCUUCUAAAUCUGUCCCUGGCCAUGUAUGAAAUAUUCAAAGAAAGCGGAAUGUGGGUUGAAAGUGAUUUCUCGGACACAGAUACAGUUUGUUAUUUUGUGCUAUAAAAUAUCACAACAUGACCACAGGAAAAACACAAUGAGACACAAAAUGAUCAUAAAAAGAGACAAAACGACAAGAGACACACAAAAUAACAUAAAGUUAGAGUUAAAGUAGCAAAAUGACCAAAAAAGGACAAAAUGACCACAAAAAGACCUAAAAUUACAACAAACAGACGGACAACGGCUGCAAAGAGGCACAAAAUGACCAUUAAAAAUGAACAAAAUGACCACAAAAAGACCUAAAAUUACAACAAACAGACUGCAAAGGGCUGCAAAGAGGCACAAAAUGACCACAAAAAGACCUAAAAUGACCAAAAAGAGACAAAAUGAGCACAAAGACACACCAAACAACCACAGAGAGACACAACAUGACCACAGAAUUGCACAAAAUUACAAAAAAAUGAAACAAAAUGACCACAGAAAAACACUUAAAAUUACAACAAACUGAAAACGGCUACAGAGGCACAAAAUGACCGCAAAAAGACCUAAAAUGACUACAAAACAGUCUGAUAAUCACCAAAAACGAAACAAAGUGAGCACAAAGACACACAAAACAACUACAAAAAAGACAAAACAUGACCACAGAAAUGCACAAAAUUACAAAAGAAACAAAAUGACCACAGAAAAACACCUAAAAUUACAACAAACUGAAAACGGCUACAAAGAGGCACAAAAUGACCACAAAAAUUAACAAAAUGAGUUCAAAAACACCUAAAAUUCCCACAAAACAGUCUGAAAAUGGUACAAAAAUAAACAAAGUGAACACAGACACACAAUGGCGAUGUAUGAAAUAUUCAGAGAUGGUAGAACAUGCGUAGAUCAGGAGAACGCGAGAGAAACAGGGCGAACGCACAAGAAUAAAAUGUAUUAUUAUUAUUAUUGUUAUUGUUAUUAUUAAGAAUGCAGCAAACGUUGUGAACACUCAAACAUCCCAGAUGUGGCGUCGAGGCAGCCGUUCUCCUGUUGGGGUGCCGUUGGAUAAACCAACCUGACCACCGUGUUGAUCGACGGAGCAGAAAGACCUCCUCAGGCAGGCAGGAUUUCCAUCUGCUUGACUUGGACCAAUUGUUUCCCUCGUUAGAAGCUGACUGGUGUAUUGAUCCGUCCUCCCAGCCCCCCUGACUGCUGGUAAUUGGCCGGCCGUUAUGAUCUCUGCUCUGUCUUCCCUCUUCUACCCCCCAGAGCUCACUAAGCAAUGGGUGGAGACGUACUGCCCUGCUGCUGCAGGGGGCAGGAUGGGGGGGUGGGGCAAUAAGAGGGCUUCUCCACCAGCACCUGCCCUACUGGGUGUAGGUGGUUUUACAGCUGAGCACCACCUCAUCGUGGGUGGAGUCUUAAAACCCUCUCCGUCCUCCAACAUGGUCUCCAAUAAUCCAGCGGUGGAGUUGAGGCCACUCUGCCUCCCGUUGCUCGCUGCUCAUUUUGUGACUCACUGAAUCAUUUUGUGUUUUUCUGUGGUCAUUUUGUGUCAUUUUUUUUUGUAAUUUUGUGCAUUUUUGUGGUCAUGUUGUGUCUUUUUGUGGUUGUUUUGUGUGUCUUUGUACUCACUUUGUUUCUUUUUUGGUCAUUUUCAGACUGUUUUGUGAGCAUUUUGGGUUUUUGUGGUCAUUUUGUUAAUUUUUUGUUGUCAUUUUGUGCCUUUUUGUAGUUGUUUUGUGUGUCUGUGCUCAUGUUGUUUCUUUUUUUUAAUCAUUUUUCAGACUGUUUAGUGGGCAAUUUAGGUCUUUUUGUGAUCAUUUUGUGCCUCUUUGUAGCUUUUUUCAGUCUGUUUGUUGUAAUUUUAGGUGUUUUGUGGUUAUUUUGUGUGUCUCUCGUCAUUUUGGGUCUUUGUGAUAUUUGUCUCACGGAGUCAUUUUGUUUUUCUGUGGUCAUUUUGUGUCAUUUUUUUGUAAUUUUUUGCGUUUUUGUGGUCCUGUUUUGUCUUUUUGUGGAUGUUUUGUGUGUCUUUGUGCUCAGUUUGUUUCUUUUUUGGCCAUUUUCAGACCUUUUUGUGGGCAUUUUAGGUCUUAGGUCCAGCUCCCUCUGUAUUCUUUGUUCUGUCACCAAAGACAAAAAGUCUUCAUUUGUCCAUGGUACAGGUCUGGUGUGUCGUCGCUCCCUGUCCAAUCAGUGGCCUGCACUCUGUAGACGUCACAUUAUGGGCUCCACUCAGCUCGCUGGGAACCCCGGCCCAGUAGGAACUAAAAUAGUAGCUGGUCCCAGGUACUACGUCCUGAUGGAAAACCUCACAAACCCAGUAGAGUCGAGUAGGUGCUGGUGGAAAAGUGCCAGAUGAUGGGUAGAUUGAAAAUGGGACUGUGUUUGCUGGAAGAGGCUGAGUGAGAUAAUUAAAAAGGAUGAGCAGAGAGUUCCACUUCAACCUCGGCAGGUUUAUGGGUGCUGGAUGUGCUGCAGAUGCUUCACUUCACACAUACAAAUUUAAAGCUGUGCACAGAAUGAAGUCGAGCAGCAUUACUUUAUUUUCAGUGUAUCCACACGGACACGUCGGCGGUCUUCGAGUGGGUUCGCAGCGCAGGCAAAGGCACAUCACGGCCCAUACAGAGCUCCAAUCGCACCAUCAACUCACUCCUGUGGUGAAAAAAUUGAUUGGAUCAAUCCACACUCUCAAUAAGGGUGUGAUUUGUUCCCCUGUUCCAGCCCAUAUCACCGGCUGCAGAGCUGCACGUCUUAGGGAACAUGAGGCAGAGAGGUCUAACCUUUUGGAGCAAACGCAUUGACUGUUCAGCGCCGUAUCGAUUCUUAUGACACGACUGCGAGGACUAGAAGGCAGAGUGGGUUUGCUUGCAUGUAAUCGGCAUCAUCUAAUCGAAGGGCCCUGUGAGGUUCCUGAAUGAUGAAAUGUUGACACAGUAAUGUAAUACAUAAGUUGCAUCAUUCACAGAAGUUUCUGAACAGUAAUGCAGUCUAUGGUAUCUAAUGUCUCACAGAUAAACGUAGUUUAUUAAACUCAAGUCUGUUGAAGGCUGACAUAUAACAGGCCCCCUGACACUCGCAUAUAUCAGAUAGAUGCAUAUUUGAAACAUGACUUGUACUGAAUGGUUUAUAGCUGUGGGUUCCAACUAGUAGACUCAUGUUUCACAUUUCUCCUUUGUCAAGACAUCCAUUCAGAGGCUGAAUCAGUUCAGUUACACAAUGAAAACAAAUGAGCAGUAGAUUGGAAGACAUUUGGAUGUGUCACAUGUUUAAAUAAUUAGAAAUGAUGGCUCAAUUCCAUUUCCAAGGUCCUGUUUAUUGACAAGUGGAUUUUGAAGUAUCGGAUUAGAAAAAGUUAAUGGAAAAAUGCAUCCCCAGUUACGCAAACAACUUUUUUUUUUUACGCAGGCUCAAGAUGGUUUUUGGUUUUUGAGUGAUGGAAAACAUUUAACUCAUAUGACGGAUCAGCUGUUUAGAUGUUUGGAUGCCAUAUAACAUUGCUAAUACCGCUGACAUGAAACAAUAAUUACAUCUGAUUGGAAAAAAAAAAACACCCUAAUAUCUCUCUAGAGAUAGGCAAAAUUUCAAUUGAUUUAUCUUCAAGCUUUUUCUUUUUUACUGUUUGGUAAUCAACUAUUUUUGCUUCUGGCUUCUUCAGCUGUGUGAGUAACAGCCUAUACCACGACUUCUUAACAACAAUUAGCUGUUGGCUAAAGACAUCCCUAAUUCUCAUUAUCUUUUUUAUACAUGCAUAUUUUUAGAACAUUCUAAAAGUUUGCUUCACUCGACUCGUUUAUGUAAUGUACGAUUAGUUCAAACAUUUGUAAAUUCAAAAACUACAACAUUAGUGCUGCAAAACCACCAAAAAUCACUUAAAAACAAAUUUUUAUAGCAUAACAAGCUUAUUCCUCAGGAGACAAAACAACAUUUUUCUUGUAGGAUCUAUACUUGUGAUGUUAACUGGCCAUCUGCUUCUUCUUUUGGCAUUCAGCUAUGAGAGGGUGUCAUCUGCAUAUAUAUUUAUAUUUGAUACUGUCACCAUCUGCAUACAUUUCCACAUCUGUAAUGGAAUACAAUGGAUUCCUGAUCAUCUUAUAUAAAAGUAGUAGACCUGGAACUAACCUCAGAAAAAUGGCAUUUGGAAACAAGAUGUUUGUUCAGACAUUUAUGUUUUUAGAUAAUUGUAGUAAUUUGCAGCACUUACACAAGUACAUACAAAAACAGCUGGGUCAACAUAUAACUGCAGGACUUUUAGUAUCAUAGUCGACAUUUUAGCUGUUUUCAGGUCUAAAAUCAACAUGACCACUUAUAACCAAACACCACAUGGCAUUUUAGAGAAAGAUUCUUCUAAAUAUUAGAUAUACAUGUUAUUUCUACAGAUAUUGUAGUAAACCUGUUGACUACUUUCUAUUAAAUAAGUCAGAAAGCCUUGGAGUCUGGCCAGUCUUUUCUUCAGGAGGAAAUGACAUCAUGUGGAGCAGGUCAUGUGAUCUGGAAUUAACACACUUCCUGGAGAGGUGUUUUUGUAAUGGGGAACUUAGUGGAAAGGGAUUUAAUUUGUUAUUUUCCAUAAAAAAUUUGAUACACUGCCAAAAAAGAAAUAUCUGUCAUGAUUAUCUCAACUUAAUGAAAGAACACAAUCCAAGCUAUUUCUGAAUCAGCUCAUUUUAUUAUUGUUUAGCUCAUUAGAAGGUGGUUGGUAUUAAAUUCAGAUGCUUAUUUAGUUCACAUUUUAGUGAUAUCUAGUCAUUUUUAUUAAUAAAUGAUUGUUUCUAUAAUAAAUAAUGAUGGAAUUUGUAAAGACAUGAUCAUAAUGAACAUAAAAACAUCAGUUUUUUACUUUUAAUAAAAAUGUAUGCAGAUAUAUCCCAUGGACUUCAGAAGUCCCUCAGUUAUAGAUGGACCCAGUUAGGAUUUUGAAAUUAAUCCUCUUGAGAUGUUUUUAUUUUUGAAUUAUCUUUGUACAAAAUGUGGUAAACAGGACAGAAGAAACCCCGAUAUAAAAUGA